AUGGAUGAACGUAAUAAAAUAAUUAUCACCGUAGUCUUUAGCAUUAUUGGUUUUAUAUUAAUUAUUGUAAUUUUUUGUUUCAUAAUUUGGUUUAUUCUCCGUCGUAAAUCAAAUUUAAUAAAUCGCAAUAAAAAUCCUUCUAUAUUACGUCGACAACAAUAUGAACGUUCACACAAUGUAUUUAUAAAUAAAUAUUAUAGUAAUAAACAAAAGAAAAGAAAACGAAGAUUUAAUACAAAUGAUUCAUCAAUAUCAUUAUCAUUUGAUUCACCACAUUUAAUUAAUCAAAAUGUAAGAAAUUUAGAUAAAUUACUUCAUCUUGAAUCCUUAUUAACAACUAAUAUAUGGCAUUAUGAAAAUACAUUGUCAACAACAAGAACAAAUCAUUUUGAUCGUUGUUAUACUAAUCCAACAACUGAACCUAUUUAUAUGUCAUCAUCAUCAUCAUCAGUUCUAUCGACACCAAUACCUAAUCCAAUUACAGAUAUUCAAUCUUAUCAACAAUUAAAUGCUUUAAAUUUUCGUAUUUUAAAUGAACUUAAUCAUGGUCUAUCUUUAAAACAUGAACAAAGAUCAACAAAUCCUUUAAGAUAUUCUCAAAGUUGUCGUCAAACAAAUGAUCCAUUACCAUUUGAUUAUUGUCGUUCCAUAACACCACCAUCAAUUAUAACAAUAAAUGAAAAUCCAUUAGAAACAAAUCAUAAUCGAAUAAAUAAAUAUUCAAAUACAACAUUAAUGCGUAAAGCAUAUAGAGGACAAUUCAGAGAUGAUACUGCUAUUUUGUAUUAA